AUGUCUUCUGCAACGACCUUCUUCGACUUCACCCCGAAGGACAAACGCAGCCAAGACUACCCGCUGUCCCAACACAAGGGCAAAGUAGUGUUGGCUGUCAACACGGCCUCGAAAUGCGGCUUCACGCCCCAAUUCAAGGGCCUCGAAACCGUCUGGAAGGACAUUUCUGAAAAGUACCCGGACCAGUUCGUCGUCAUUGGCUUUCCCUGCAACCAGUUCGGCGGCCAGGAUCCCGGCUCCAACGACCAGAUCCAGGAAUUCUGCCAGGUCAAUUACGGCGUGAGUUUCCCCGUGCUGGGCAAGACGGACGUCAACGGCGACAAGGCGGAACCCGUCUGGGAGUGGAUGAAAGGUGAAAAGCCGGGCAUCAUGGGCCUCAAGCGCGUCAAGUGGAAUUUCGAAAAGUUUUUGAUCGCGAGGGACGGGACGGUCGUGAAGAGGUGGGGGAGCAUGACGAAACCGGAGAGCAUCGAGAAGGAGAUUAUCGCGGAGAUUGAGAAGGGGAACAAGUCCUAA